CAAAAAUAUUUAUUUAAGGAAAAGAUGAAUUUCUAACUAGAAUAGAAAUAUUUACAAGCACAGUCAUUUUUACUGCUGAUCUGCCAUGCGUCUCUAGAAACUGUUGACUAUUGUAUGCACCUAUACAGCUUGUUGUAUGAAGACUAUGCCACAAUAUGCCAAAGUUCAGAUUCAUUAUGGCCCCUAUGAAGCUGCAGGUAUUGUUGAGCAUCGCACCUCAAGACUGGAAGGUCUUCAAACGAUCCUUCAACGUGGUGGACAUACCACAACCUUGCAUUGUAUUAAUGACAGGAAUGUAGUGGAGUUAUGGGUGAAUGGGGAGCUGGUUUUCCAGUGUGAUAUACGUGACCUGGAAUAUGGUGGAGAUGGAGAACUAGAUCCACUGUGUGCAGAUGCUGCAAAAGCUGUUACAAGGGCAUUCUGAAUGAAAAUUUACCUUAACAAGAACAUGAUUAAAACUGCUGUAAGAGAAUUAAGUUACAAUUUAAAUUUUUAGUCGCAAAAACAUAUUUUUACUUUAUGAAACACAGUUCAUUAUGAGCUGAUUUCUAACUAUUCCUGGUGUAAAAGUGCAACUAUAGAUUUUACUUUCUUGAGGCUUGUACUUCUGUAGGAUUCUUUGAGGCAAAUUACAGGUGUCACACAAGCAAUGUCUGUACAGUCAAAACUGUGGAGGAUUUUACAAUCAAUAUAGAUUUUAUCUGACAACAGG